CGCGCGGGGCACGCCGGGAUCGCCGCGCGCCGAGCCGCGCCUCCCAUGGUGCCCCGCGGCGGCUGAAUGGGGCAGAGCCAAGAUGGCGGCGAGCGCGGCCCCGGCGGGCGGCGGGUCCCUGUUCGAGUGCCCCAGCUGGGCAGGGAAACCACCACCUGGCUUACAUCUGGAUGUAGUCAAAGGAGACAAACUCAUUGAGAAACUCAUCAUUGAUGAGAAGAAAUACUAUCUCUUUGGGAGAAAUCCUGAUCUCUGUGAUUUUACCAUUGACCACCAGUCUUGCUCUCGGGUCCAUGCUGCCUUGGUCUAUCACAAACAUCUCAAGAGGGUUUUCCUCAUAGAUCUGAACAGCACACAUGGCACGUUCCUGGGCCACAUCCGUUUGGAAGCUCACAAACCCCAGCAGAUCCCCAUUGACUCCACGGUUUCCUUCGGCGCCUCCACCCGCGCGUACACCCUGCGCGAGAAGCCGCAGACGCUGCCCUCGGCUGUGAAGGGGGAUGAGAAGAUGGGUGGUGAGGAUGAGGAGCUGAAGGGUUUGCUGGGGCUGCCAGAGGAGGAGACAGAACUGGAUAAUCUGACAGAGUUUAAUACAGCCCACAACAAAAGGAUCUCCACCCUGACCAUUGAGGAGGGGAACCUGGACAUCCAGAGGCCAAAGCGGAAGCGGAAGAACUCCCGAGUGACGUUCAGUGAUGACGACGAGAUCAUCAAUCCGGAGGACGUGGACCCGUCUGUGGGGCGGUUCCGGAACAUGGUACAGACAGCAGUGGUCCCUGUUAAGAAGAAGCGCCUGGAGAACGCGGGCUCGCUGCCCACGGACGAGUCGGCGUCGCGGCGCAUGCAGAGCUUCCCCUACAGCGGGGGGCUCUACGGGGGGCUGCCCCCCACCCACAACGAGGCGGGCUCGCAGCCCCACAGCGUCCACGGCACCGCGCUCAUCGGGGGGCUGCCCAUGCCCUACCCCAACCUCGCCCCCGAUGUGGACUUGACUCCAGUCGUGCCCUCCACAGUGAACAUGAACCCAGCUCCAAACCCUGCUGUCUUCAACCCUGAAGCUGUGAAUGAACCCAAGAAGAAGAAAUACGCCAAGGAGGCCUGGCCGGGCAAGAAGCCGACCCCGUCCCUGCUGAUCUGAGCUGGGCUGAGGGAGGGUAGGAGUUACAACUCCAGAAACUUUUCACGUGCGGUAUCGUCUUUUUAAAAUUUCAGUGUCCUAACAGAUGUAAUACCAAGAUUGGAGGAGUGAGAUAAUCCUUUAAAGAUCUGUCUUCAAAUGUUUUUAUAUGUCUGUUAUAAAAAAAAAUACAGCUCCCGUCUCCUUUUGAACCAAAACCCCUACAGCCUUUUCUUAGCCACCACUGUCCCAGAGGUCUUUGUGCUGAGUUUGGAGCCACAAGUCGAAGGGGCAGUCACACAGUUUCAUUAUCCCUUAUGGCAUGACCCUGCAGAUCCGUGUAUUUCAGUGCUGGGCUCGCUGUGGUGACGCUGUUCCUGCUGGACAUUCUCACAGCAGGGCAGCUCUGUCAAGAGAAAAUGUUUGUGGGGCCAAGCCUUGCAGAAUCCCAUUGGAAGGAGUUGUAAAACAUUGCAGAAUAUAGGUCAGCUUUUAUUUUUUAUAUUUUCAAAACCCCACCAAUGUGGGGCAUUGUCUUUUUUAUUAUUACUAUUAUUUUUAGUUUGGCUACAGCUUGUUUUAAUUUCCACAUAAAACACUAGAUCAUCCCAUGAGCCAUGAGGAAGCAGGUGGGUUCCUUAGCUGUGUUCCAGUUGCAGAAUGGGGUCUGUGGGAUGGAUACAGGCUGCAAACGGGGUGUCCAGCAGGAUCAGGCACUGUCUGCACUGUGCCAUGGUGACUCCCCUGGAUAACUCAGGGUGAAGUCAACACAGUGGAGUUUCUUUUAGACUUGGUGGCCUCUGUAACUUAAAUAGUUUCAUUUUUGUUUGCAAAGGGAACUUUUAAGUUUAGAGUAUAUGAGGUUCACCAAGACAAAAAGCUGGGAGGACUGGCGUGUUCCCCACACUAAGAUUUUGGCUGCUGGGAACUGCAGGUGAGAAUUGAGUGCUACUGAGAGCCAGAAUAGGAAUUCUCAGUGGACUUGGGUUGUUGCUCAAGCCCUUUAGUUCCUUGGGUUUAUAUUUGAAAAUUAUUCACAUACUCAGACACAUUGUGGCUCUACUUGAUGCAAGGGAAGGCCAGAGCUUUAUUAUUCUUAAGUUUGUUCUGGAUUUUUGUACACACUCUUAAAGCAGUUCAGCUACAAGUCACAUUCCUUUGCUGUUUGGGGGAUCCAGGGAACGUGCACUGAAAGGAGAGCAUGUACCUGGCUGUUCACUGUGUGCAGGACUGCAGCUGCCUGGGGAGGUGGUGCCAGGUUGUUGGAUCAGGGCUCUGUUCCAGUGGGGUGGGAUGCUGGAUGGUGCUGGAUCAGGCUCUGUUCCAGUGGGGUGGCAUGCUGGAUGGUGCUGGAUCAGGCUCUGUUCCAGUGGGGUGGGAUGCUGGAUGGUGCUGGAUCAGGGCUCUGUUCCAGUGAGGUGGGAUGCUGGAUGGUGCUGGAUCAGGGCUCUGUUCCAGUGAGGUGGGAUGCUGGAUGGUGCUGGAUCAGGGCUCUGUUCCAGUGGGGUGGCAUGCUGGAUGCACCAGACCCUUUCAGACAGAUGCCCCAAAAUCUGUGAGUUCUGCUCUGCAGUGAUUGCUUCUAUCAUGUCCCUGAGGUGCCAGCAGGAAGCUGCCCAGCUCACAAGAGCCAUGGCUUUAGAGACUGCUCUGUUCCCUCCCCACCCCAUCACCUCCAGCUCAGACUGUUCCUCGUGUGGAUUCAGCACCUGCUCCAUGAUCCAGCUGUGCUGCUCUGUGUUUAAGUUGCCAUUAAUGGUUCAGCUGUUGGGCAUUUGCUCUGCUUCCCAGUGCUCCCACAAUAACUCAAAAUCUUCCUCUUUAGUCUGGCCUCUAUGAUUUUCAUUUCCCAGCCAGUUGCUUUCUGAAGGCAACUCUUUAGAGUAAGACUAGUCAGGACAAACAAAAGUUGAGCAGGUUUCCUUCUUUUUCUUUUGGUUUUUUUUUUUUUUUUAAUUUUGGGGGGAAGAGGGUUGGGUUGGGGGAUUUUUGGGAUUUUUUUUUGCAAGUGGCUCUUAGCAAGAUUUUUCUUGACAAGGGAAACUUCACUGCUCGUUUUUUAAAGCUCUUCUCCUCUCAGACUCUGAACCAGCUCUUAUUAUUUCAGAGCUCAGGGGCCACAGCUGGCCACGAGGGGACAGGAACAUCGAGGGGCUUUGUACAGACAUUUGUACACUUGUGUAAUAUGUAAUAGGCCUUUUCACACUUCUGUUGAGCUUUUUACCUGUAACCUUUACUAUGUUGUAAAUUAAAUGCAGAUUUUGCCAGG